AUGGACACAAAGCUGGACCCUUCUCGCGAUGACCUGCCUCUCAUGGCCAACACCAGCCACAUACUUGUGAAGCACUAUGUACUGGAUUUAGAUGUGGAUUUUGAAAGUCAAAUCAUCGAUGGCACCUUAGUGCUUUUCUUAGAGUCUGGAAACAGAUCCAGGAAAAAGAAUGGUUCCACUGAGGAAGCCUGCCGAUCAGAGUCCAGCGAAGCCUGCAGAUGUAGGAAGCCGGAACCCUGCCAUGCUCCCGUGGCAGAUACAAGGACCUCCUUGUCUAAAAUGGAAUAUACUAGUGAUUUUGCAAUUUGUGGUAAAGGUGAAAGAGAUACUUCUGGUAAAGAUGGUAACCAUGACAACCAGGAACAGACUUAUGGGAUUUCUAGCUCGAAGCACUGCUGUGACACAGGGAAUCAUGGGAGUGAGGAUUUUUUGCUAGUGUUGGACUGCUGUGAUUUAUCUGUGUUAAAGGUUGAGGAGGUGGAUGUUGCCGCUGUGCCAGGUAUUGAAAAAUUUACAAAGUCUCCCAAGCUCACGGUUGUUUCUGAGCUCAGGAAUCAGAUUGUUCGUGAACUUGUGACUCUGCCUGCCGAUCGUUGGAGGGAGCAGUUAGACUAUUAUGCUCGGUGCAGCCAGGCUCCUGGCUGUGGGGAACUCCUGUUUGACACUGACACUUGGAGCUUACAGAUCAAGAAGACAGGGGCUCAGACAGCUACUGAUUUUCCUCACGCCAUAAGGAUACGGUACAGAACCAAACCCCAGGGGCGAUCAGUUACCUGGACCUCAGACCAGAGUGGCAGGCCAUGUGUUUAUACCAUGGGAUCCCCCAUAAACAACAGGGCCCUUUUUCCGUGCCAGGAGCCCCCCGUUGCCAUGUCAACAUGGCAGGCCACAGUCCGAGCAGCUGCAUCUUUUGUUGUCUUAACGAGUGGGGAAAAUUCUGCCAAGCCAACACAGCUUCGGGAAGGGUGCUCAAGCUGGCAUUACUAUGUAACCAUGCCAAUGCCAGCCUCCACCUUCACAAUUGCAGUGGGACCCUGGACAGAAGUGAAGCCAGAGACCUGCUCACCAUGUGACCUGGCAGCAGAGCGGUCCCUCUCGCCGCCCAAGGCUGACUUCAGGUGUGUUGGUGUCUGUGGCCACGUGGAAUACCCCUGCCGCUUCCAGAACCCUUCUGCCACAACCCAGGAGGUCAUUCCUCACCGGGCCUUCGCCCCCGUGAGCCUCACAGGUGCCUGCCAGGAGACCCUUCUGCAGCUGCUGUCUCCUUGCCUCUCAGCAGCACACUCUGUGCUGGGGACACACCCAUUCUCCCGGCUGGAUGUGCUCAUCGUUCCUGCCAACUUUCCAAGCCUGGGGAUGGCCAGCCCACACCUCGUCUUCCUCUCUCAGAGCGCCCUGACUGGGGGGCGCCACCUCUGCGGGACCCGGCUCUGCCAUGAAAUUGCUCACGCCUGGUUUGGCCUGGCCAUCGGAGCCCGAGACUGGACGGAGGAGUGGCUGAGCGAAGGGUUUGCCACUCACUUGGAAGAUGUGUUCUGGGCCAAAGCACAGCAGCUGGCCCCCCACGAGGCCCAGGAGCAGCAGGAGCUGCGGGCAAGCCUGCGCUGGCGGCGCCUCCAGGACGAGCUUCGAAACUCCCCGGAGCAGCUGCAGGUGCUGAGACCCAACAAAGAGAAAACUGGCCAUGUGAGUGACUCAGGAGCAUCUGUCAUCAAGCAUGGGCUCAAUCCGGAGAAGGUCUUCAUGCAGGUUCAUUAUUUAAAGGGUUAUUUUCUUCUCCAGUUCCUUGCCAAAAGACUUGGAGAUGACACCUAUUUUUCCUUUUUAAGAAAAUUUGUGCACACAUUUCAUGGGCAGCUGAUUCUUUCCCAGGAUUUCCUUCAAAUGCUGUUGGAGAACAUCCCAGAAGAAAAAAGGCUGGGUUUGUCUGUGGAAAGCAUCUUCCGAGACUGGCUGGAGCGCCCGGGACUGCCACAGCCUCUGCAGACGGAGCGCCAGGCCGGGGCGGAGAGCGGGCUCGCGCGGCAGGUGGGCGCCGAGGUCGCGAAAUGGACUCGAGCGAAUCGGAGACCCCGAAAACGGAAACGAAGAGGGAGCGGAGAAGUGUUUGCAAAGCUCCUUCCGGACCAGCUGGUCUUACUUCUGGAGCAUCUGUUGGAGCAGAAGACCCUGAACCCCAGAACUCUGCGGAGCCUCGAAAGGACAUACUGCCUCUCCCAGCAGGAUGCAGAGGUCCGCCAUCGGUGGUGUGAGCUCAUUGUGAAGCACAAGUACACGAGAGCGUACAAAACCGUGGAGGAGUUCCUGCAGGAGGACCAGGCGAUGGGCAUCUACCUCUACGGGGAGCUGAUGGUGAGCGAGGACGCCAGGCAGCAGCAGCUCGCCCGCCGCUGCUUCCAGCUGACCAAGGAGCAGAUGGACAGGUGCUCAGCCCAGGUGGUGGCCGAGAUGUUGUUUUAA